CUGUGAUUGGAGAUGGGCAAUGACAUUUUUAUCCAACUGGAAGGAUUUGCUGAGAAGAUCACGAAGAAUGGGAGGAUCAGUGGCGAACACAGAAUUGGCUGCAAUGAUGCCCACCGUGGUUUGGGUCCCCAGCGCAGCAAACAAAACGGUGGCUCCCCUUGAGCGCCAAAGUGAAAUUUGGCAUGUCCCCGUGCCAACUGCAACCCCAAAUAGUCUCAUAAAGUUGGCCUCUGCUAAUUGCGACUGCAACCCCACCACAAGCAGGGAUUUCUCCCGGCCAUGGCAGUGUUUAUGGUGUUCGUCGAAGCCUUCCCUAAUUUCGCUAUCCAAUUUCGGACGAAGCAUACAAAAACAACAAUCAAUCAGCGAGGAGCUCUGGAAGAAUGGGAGGAUCUGCUGCAAACACAGAAUUGGCUGUAGUGAUGCCUCCUGGGUUCUGGCUCCCAAACCCGGCAAAUACAGAGGCACGGCUCCCUCCCACGUUCAACUGGAAAUGCACCAGCCCUUUCGGGAACACAAAAACGUCCCCGGGGUGAAGUGUCUUAGCGAACAGUUUGUUUCUGGAAUCUACGAAUCCGGCGUACAGCGUGCCCUCCACCACCACGAUGACCUCUGUCCCCAAAGGGUGGGUGUGGGGUGGGGAGAUUCCUCUUGGGGCAAAGUCAAUGCGGCCCACCGCAACCCCGAGGGUGUUCAGCCCCGGUAGCUCCUCCACCCCGACCGGCGUCACCUUUGCACCCAUCGGAUUCGACGUGUUUCUUGGCAUGUGUAGGCGCGCUGCGAAGAAGAAAUCGUCUGCCGUGACCUUUGCUGGAUCCUUGCAUGUCUUCCCGUUCACAAAAACUGCAUUUGUCAUCAACCAACAAAAGGUUAUAUUUAGU